GCGGGGUGGGCCUCGCGCCCCUGGCCUUGUAGCCAUUUUAGGAGGAAACCAGGAUCACUAGCCCGGGGCGCGGCUUCAAUUUCAAUAACUUUAUUGGCGGCCUUAUCCGCGGAACAACCAUCGCACUGGUGGCAGGGGGAGGAGGGAGAGCCUCGCAGGAGGUGGCCCCCGACUCGAGCCGCAGCCAUGGGAAACACCACAAGCGACCGGGUGGCUGGGGAGCGCCACGGCGCCAAGGCUGCACGCGCCGAGGGCGCCGGCGGCCAUGCGCCGGGCAAGGAGCAUAAAAUCAUGGUGGGGAGCACCGACGAUCCCAGCGUCUUCAGCCUGCCAGACUCCAAGCUCCCUGGGGACAAAGAGUUUGUAUCAUGGCAACAAGAUUUGGAGGACUCCGUAAAGCCUACGCAGCAGGCGCGGCCCACUGUUAUCCGCUGGUCUGAAGGCGGCAAGGAGGUCUUCAUCUCUGGGUCCUUCAACAAUUGGAGCACCAAGAUCCCACUGAUUAAGAGCCAUAAUGACUUUGUUGCCAUCUUAGACCUCCCUGAGGGAGAGCACCAGUACAAGUUUUUUGUGGAUGGACAGUGGGUUCACGAUCCGUCGGAGCCUGUGGUGACCAGUCAGCUUGGCACGAUUAACAAUCUGAUCCAUGUCAAGAAAUCUGACUUUGAGGUGUUUGAUGCUUUAAAGCUUGAUUCAAUGGAAAGCUCAGAGACGUCUUGUCGAGACCUUUCCAGCUCUCCCCCAGGGCCUUAUGGUCAAGAAAUGUACGUGUUUCGAUCCGAGGAGAGAUUCAAAUCCCCACCCAUCCUACCUCCUCACCUUCUUCAAGUUAUUCUUAACAAGGACACUAAUAUAUCUUGUGACCCAGCCCUGCUCCCCGAGCCCAACCAUGUUAUGCUGAACCAUCUGUAUGCAUUAUCCAUUAAGGACAGUGUGAUGGUCCUUAGCGCAACCCAUCGCUACAAGAAGAAGUAUGUCACUACUCUGCUGUACAAGCCCAUCUGAAGGGGUCCCUUCCGCCUCCGGGAUUCAAGAGAAGCAUCUCCCUUGCCUUUCUGGACCGGACCAGUCUUCCCCUGAGACUGGAAGGCUGAUUUGCUUUGAGGCUGAUAUGUGUGUUUCAGAGCCUUCGAGUAGGUGCUCUGCUUUUGCAUCUGAUCGCAGAUGAGAGUUUUAUGAGUUCAUGGAAUUUAUUUUCAGAAAAAAAAAUUAUAUAUAUACAUAUACAUAUAUAUGAGAGGAAGGUUAACGGAAGCCUCCUAGCUAGGUGUGUUCUCUCUGCCUGUGGGGACUCCCGGAGACCUGUGCAGGGGAGCUGCAGGAAGGACCGUUACAGGAAGCUUUUUUCCUAAAACGAAGGAAGAGCCAACUCUCAGGGUCCUUGUUGGGUAGAGAUUCUGUCGCCGCUACCUGGGCUCUCGCAGGAACGGGCUUGUGCCAGACUUCUGCCCCGCGUACAGCUGCCUCCUUGGCAGGGGCAGCUUUCCUUGCAUGGGUUCUCUGUAUUCCUACAGUGUGUGGCACAAUCUGCUCUUUAUGACACCAGAUGCCCCACAGGAACCCUUUUUCUUCUCAUUUCUCAUUCUUGCUUUGGUACCCUCUUUCCGAUCCUAUACCUGACCCUUCCCUAGCACAAAACUCACUGGCAGGUGACCCCUUUCGAAGGCUAUGUAAGACCCAACCCACCUCAGAGACCACACCUGUCAAAAAUCUUCUUUUUGAGCCCAGCACAGGCCCAGCCACUGGAUUCCCACUUGUUUUAACUUCUACUAAAGAAAAUAAGUCUCAGUGUUAUAAGACAAGCAGAAUGCAGAAGGUCUGCGGUCUUGUGUCGGUGUAGUGCCACAGCGUGGGCUCUCGUGGCACGUUCCCAUCGGGCUUCCGCCCAGCCUGGCCCUGCUUCCAUAUUUUCUUUUCACGGAGCAGACCGCUUUGAAGAUGGGAGGGGAAGCUUUCAUGUCUUUCAUCCUUGGGAAGUUUUGAUGUGCCUACAUUUUCUUUAAUUAAAAAAAAAAUGCCUUUUCAUUGUUCUUAAGAGACCACAUAGGAGAAUUUUAGGCUCUUGAUAAGUGGUUCCCAAGAUUCUCUUGACAAGAAAGUAGUAAUCUAGCCUUCUACAGUCUUACAUUAAUGUGGCCAACCCUGUGCACACCACUACACUAAACACUGUUCUAGAUAUAGAUUCAGGUUCACGGGGUGCACCUAGAAAGUUCCUUCAGCUUCCAGACCCAUUACACCAAGAAGCAAGAAAGUAGCGCUGGUGUUCUAACCACGAAUAGUAUUGCUUCCCUGCUCCCUGUUCCAAGUGCUCACGGGAUCACUUUGUCUUUCUCUUUUUUUCAAGUGUUCGAUGAUGAAGUGAGGUCAGUGACUUCCAUUUGUGGAAUGAAAAGUAGCUACUCAGUCCACUCUUGGGGUUGUUCAGAGAUAAAACUUUCCCCCAAAUAUCUGCGGCUCUUCCAUUACAGAUAAAUGCAGAUUAAACAUUCAACCCUGAAGGAGGCCAAACUUGAUGCUCGAGAGACACCUCCACUGUUAAGAUGUGUCCGGGCACGUUGAAAGGGCACCCAUAGGUCAGUUUAGCUACCUCCUGUCUUUCUUAUUCAAAGCUGAUGACACAGUUGUCAUUGGGUUGAUGUAGACCACCUGUUAGAUCCUGGGAGUGUGGCAGCGGGGCAUGGUGGGGGCGGGGGUUUUGCUGGGAGUGCGGAUUGCCAAGUGCUCUGGUGUUUACUCGCUGGGAGCAAAUUCCGCGUUAGCCACUCAAGGCCACCUUCUGCAACACAAGGCUGGUGUGAGAAACCUUUUAGGGUCCCAACCACUUUUUGAGUGGUGUGUCAUUUAAAAAAUCCAGGCCAAAUUCUGUUAAAAAAUCCAGGCCAAAUCCUAUUAAUUACUAGCUCUCAGGGUCUACACUGUCUUCAGUUAUACUACUGUUUUUUCCAAUACCCGUUAAAUAAGCAGGCCACGGAGGAUACAAAAUCUUGGUGGUUAAAUUUUGUUACAGUCCUUUUCUUUGUCAACAGUAUUGAAAUGUGAUUGCCUGUGUGUUCGUGUAUUAAACUUUUUACUCUACGCAGGUGUAUCAGUAGAGUGGGGCAGGAAAAGAGAUCCCUUCAGUUUCUCAAGCCAGAGGCGUCUGUGAACCGCUUCUGACUCCAGUGAUGCUAGGUUUUGGUGCUGGUGGCCUUCAGAUCUUCCCGACCUGGAAAUGCGCAGAGUGUCAGUUUCCCAAGUCCUGAGGUAAUCUCUUGGCCACAUGUGCCACAAGAGCCCACCAGCUGGUGUGGAGGAGGACAGGCAGCGGAUCUGGGCGACGCCUCCUUCAGCCCUGUCCCUUCCCUGCAUUGUUCACACACCUCUGGCCUUGAGGAGCCUGUGCACACAGUGUGUCUCCAAGAAACUGUUCUAGAAGGUAGAGAGGAAAGGAGGAAGGUAGCCCAGAGUACCUCCCACUCAUUCUUGUGUGUUGGUCGAAGGGGUAGUUUAUUUUCUGCACAAGAGAGCUUGCAGAUUUUGAAAAUGAAUAAAGGCAAAAAAUCCACAUUUUUAGCCUUUUUAUUUUAACCUAUAGGAGUUUCAGAGAGUCAGAAGAGCUAGAAACUCUUUAGGAGGGCUAACCCUUAAAGAACUGCAUCGUGGUUUGGGGGUCGCGGGGAAAAGGAAGAGUGAGCUGAGGAGGAUACUGGGAAACUAAAGGCUUGAGUAAUUCAAAACUAUUACAGCCUUUUUGUUGUUAAUAAAACGAGGCCUAACACACUGCGGUCCUUGGAUCUCACUGCAUAGAACCUGCUGUGUACAGCGUCAUUUGUCUCUUGUUCUAAUCUCUAUCCUUUCUUCUAUAUUCUGCUUUACCUUCAAGCUGACUUUACCAGUCUCAGGUCAGACAUUACCUAAAACAAAUGUUAGUCCUCUUGCAGGUACGGCCAUGGUUCCUAGCUUGCAGUAAGCUUAGAAUGGAAUGGGAUUUGCUCACCGGCAAGUGACACCCGCUCUGGGCACACCAAGCCUCUAGUGUUGGCUUUUUAAAAAAACAAUGCUUACCCUAUAAGGGGAGAGUCCAAGAGAAGACUCUGAGGGGAUGGUACAAAUCCAAGCCUCCAAUUGUUUCUUGUCUCUUGUAGACCUAAUGGAUCUGGGAAUAAAAAAACCUUUGCAAAGUGUCCGUACUGCACGUAUGCUGCUAAAAUGAAGUUUGGAAAGAAGUAUUACCUUCUCCAGGCUGGGCUUCUAUUAAUCUGAGUGUAAAAUAAGGAGACAUAAUAAUGAUAGAAUCCCCUGCUUCAAAUUGGGGAAAUAGGGCUUUUAAAUUUUUGACCUCAACCAAAAAUGAUAUGCAAUAGUCUAUGUUGUAUGUGUUUGAAAAAUAUUCUAUCUCAGAGAUUUCUAAGUCCUCAUGUUCUGGUGAUUUGGGGCACAGCCCUAUGAGCAGAUACACAGUUUGUUCACACAUUAUUUUGACUCAUCCUUAGACCCCAAGUUCUUGCUGUCUUCUACCAGGGACUGCUAGCUCCAGCGACCCCUGGGACAGAGCACCUGGGAGGGGUGGGGAUAGCGUCCUCACAACUCCCGAUCGAGGCGUCUGUCUCUCCUUAGGUGCCCAUCGCAGUGGAAGGUUGAAGGCCUACCAUUUCUGCAGUGAACCCAAACUUGUGGAGGAAAAGGGCCAAAUUUAUUUUUUAAAUUAUAAGGGAGGGAGGAAAAGAGGGAAAGAGAGAAACCUUAAGAAUCUGUUAGGAAACCCAAUUCUUAGCAAUGGAAUCCCUGUAGGAUUCAAAUAUGGGCUUUGUCUUGAUUUACUUUUCUCGGUUGCUCAGUUAUGCUCUGAAGUGAUUAAAUUUCAUGAAAACUUAAUUGAUUAGUUCCGUCCUAGGUUGGAGUUGAAUUAAUUGGGUAUAGCACGGCGCUUUUGCAGUGAGGUUGCUGUGAGGUAGCAAACAGCUGUGGAUUCUGGAGUCUGGUGAACUGGGCAAGGGACACCUACCUACCAUAAGUAUUACGUAUUUGAUCAUCUUCUCUGUUCCCAUCUGCAGAACACGCACCUUACCUAGCCUGUGGUUUUAGAACCACCAGAGCUCAACUGAUGUCCAUUAGUCCUAAUCUCCACGCUGGGUUCCAUACGUGAGACUUGCUUGAAUUUUGGUAAGUUAGAGGAUGCUGGUGGUUAUGUGGCUGAAGCAGUUUGAAGGAGUGCAGCUCUAUCAGAAAGGGGGGCUGAGACUAAAACUUGGAAUUAAAUGUGCGAGUCCUCCUUUAAAUGGUGCUUUUUGUACCUGUAGUGCUGAGGUACAGAGCUGUAUUCCACAAAGGAAUGGCAUACUGAGAGGAUUUGAAAGCUUUUCUCCAAAUGUAAUUUGUCAUUGGACUUUGACAUGUCGAAAAUUACGUGAUGUAAUAUAUAGAAAUGUGACAUUUUCCCCAUAAAACUGUUGAAUAAAAAAUGUAUUAUGCAGCAAUAA